UUCUUCCCUUAUAGAUCCCGAGGGAGGCAGCGUGCCUGUAUAGACGGACGGCCCUUCAAUUAACCCUAUUUUUGGGCGUUUUGAGGGGCGUGAGGGCGUGAGGCAUGGCUGUGUGGUACCGUAAUGCCCUGGGCGUGGUGUGUGGUGUAGCGGGCGCCAUAUUUGUAGGGUAUUGUCUUUAUUUUGACCAUAGGAGAAGAAGCGACCCGAACUUUAAGAAAAAGCUGAGGGAGAGACGUCGCCGUGCCCACAGGGGUCGUGCCAGCGGGGGAGCCGUGACCUGGCCUAACCUGAAGGACCAAGAGGCUGUACAGAAGUUCUUCCUGUCAGAGGUUCAGGCUGGGGAGGAACUGCUGGCCCAGGGGGAGAUUGAAGGUGGGGUUGACCAUCUGAGCCGCGCUGUUGCAGUCUGCGGUCAGCCUCAACAGCUUCUUCAGGUGUUGCAGCAAACUCUUCCCCCACAGGUGUUCCAGCUCCUUCUGCACAAGCUUCCAUCCGUUGGCGAGAGUAUACUUCAAGCUGCUGGUGGAGGGAAGGAGGGAAGUAAGGUGAUGGAGGAAGAUGUGGAGUAGUUUCCUCCACUUUCCCUCCACUGACAAAGAAGAGAAAAAUAUAGAUAUUAUUAUUAUUUUUUUUUAUUUAUUUAUUUAAUUUUUUUGUACGUGUGUUUGUCUGGGCAUUAAAAUAUUAUUAUUAUUAUUAUUGUUGUUAUUUUUGUUAUUUAAUUGACACACACGUACGUACACACAAAUAUUUUUUUUUUCUCUUGUUUUGCUUCUUUAAUUUCUGUACAUAAAGAGAGAGAGAGAGAGAGAGAGAGAGAGAGAGAGAGAGAGAGAGUUUUAAUUGUAAUAAAUAAAUAAAAAAAAAAGUAAUGUUUUUUUUU